CUCGCCCUCAUAAACUUCCCCCAAUCAGGUCCCACUCUCACCAUUCCCCUCUUCCCCUUACUCCUUCUCCUUCCUCUCUUUCCCCUGGCCUGAGCCCGACCGCUCCUUUUCCCCUCUUCCAUUUCCAUCUCUGCAAAAACUCCACGCCUUCCUUCCCAGUUCACACAUUACCGGAAACGGCGAAAUCCGAGUGUACUGCACCGAGAUGAAAGAGGCAUCGAGCGGCGCGGUGUGUCCGGAUGUAAAGCCGGAGGCGAGAGCAUCCUCAUCCUCCGCCGCCGCCGCAACAACAACACUAGCAGCACCGCCGUCUCCGGAGCCGUCCUAUGCGGCCGCCGCAGCAACGAGGGCGUCGAUUGAGGCUGGAGUCUCGGAGGUGGAUAAGGAUUUGCUGUGCCCGAUUUGCAUGCAGAUUAUCAAGGACGCCUUCCUCACCGCUUGCGGCCACAGCUUCUGCCACAUGUGCAUCAUCACUCACCUCCGGAACAAGAGCGAUUGCCCUUGCUGCGGCCAUUACCUCACCAGCAAUCAGCUCUUCCCUAAUUUCCUGCUUCAGAAGCUACUGAAGAAAGCUUCCGCUAGUCAAUUGUCCAAGAAUGCGAGCCCGGUGGAGAAAUUUCGGCAGGCUUUGCAACAGGGAUGCGAAGUUUCAAUUAAGGAGCUGGACUCUCUUUUGUCUCUCCUUGCCGAAAAGAAGAGGAAAAUGGAACAAGAAGAAGCUGAGAGAAACAUGCAAGUACUGCUAGAUUUCCUGCACUACUUGCGGAAGCAGAAAGUUGAUGAAUUAAAUGAGAUCCGAACCGACCUUCAGUAUAUUAAGGAAGACAUCGAUGCAGUUGAGAGGCACAGGGUUGAUUUGUAUCGUGCUAGAGACAGGUACUCAAUGAAGCUGCGCAUGCUUGAUGAUCCCAUGGCAGGAAAACCCUGGUCUUCAACCAUAGAUAGGAACCAUGGUAGCAUGAUGAGCAGCUCGUUUAGUUCAAGAGGUGGCAUGGCCAUAGGCGAUCUGGCAACCAAGAAAACAGAGGGGAAGUCUCAACUAAGUUCUCAGGGAUUUCAGAGGAAGGAUAAUUUAGGUGGCUCUGACAUUCAACAUAAUCAGUCAGGGUUGUCUGUGAUGAGGAAGAAACGGGUCCAUACACAGUUUAAUGAGCUGCAAGAAUGUUAUCUCCAAAAGCGUCGCCAAUUUUCAGAUCAUCCUCCAAACGUUCAAGAGAGAGAUAAGAAUAUCAUACAAAGAGAGGGCUAUACUGCUGGUCUCCAAGAAUUUCAAUCAGUUCUCAGUACCUUCACCCAGUACAGUCGGUUAAGGGUUGUUGCUGAGCUCAGACAUGAGGAUAUCUUUCACUCAGUGAACAUAGUAUCAAGCAUAGAAUUUGAUCGCGAUGAUGAGUUGUUUGCCACAGCUGGAGUUUCUAGACGAAUUAAAGUUUUCGAUUUCUCUUCUGUUUUAAAUGAACCUGCAGACGUGCACUGCCCUGUUGUGGAGAUGUCAACGCGCUCCAAGCUAAGCUGCUUGAGUUGGAACAAGUAUGCCAAGAACCAUAUAGCUAGUAGUGAUUAUGAGGGAAUAGUAACCGUUUGGGAUGUGACAACUAGGCAGAGUGUAAUGGAAUAUGAAGAGCAUGAAAAACGUGCAUGGAGUGUUGAUUUUUCUCGCACCGAGCCUUCAAUGCUUGUUUCUGGCAGCGAUGAUUGCAAGGUUAAAGUUUGGUGCACAAAUCAAGAAGCUAGUGUUCUCAAUAUUGAUAUGAAGGCAAACAUCUGUUGUGUCAAGUAUAAUCCUGGAUCAAGCAAUUUCAUUGCAGUUGGAUCGGCAGACCAUCACAUCCAUUACUAUGAUUUAAGAAAUAUCAGCCAGCCACUCCAUGUGUUUAGCGGGCAUAAGAAAGCCGUUUCUUAUGUCAAAUUCUUGUCAAACAACGAGCUUGCUUCAGCAUCUACUGACAGCACACUAAGGUUAUGGGAUGUUCAGGACAAUGUUCCGGUUUUCCUAUUUCAAUCUUUGCAGGUUCGUACAUUCAGGGGCCACACCAACGAAAAGAAUUUUGUUGGCCUCACAGUGAACAGCGAGUACAUUGCAUGCGGCAGCGAGUCAAACGACGUCUUUGUUUACCACAAGGAAAUUUCCAAACCCGUUACAUCUCAUCGAUUCGGUUCGUCCGAAAUGGAUGACCCCGAUGAGGACGCAGGAUCUUACUUCAUUAGCGCCGUGUGCUGGAAAAGUGAUAGUCCGACGAUGUUGACCGCGAAUAGUCAAGGUACGAUCAAAGUACUAGUUCUUGGCGCUUGAAAUGGUCUCGCGAUUGAACGGCAAAGAAUUGUGUAAGAGAGCGGCAGCAGUAUUUGCUCAUUUGUAUAUAACUUAUUAGAGAGGUGUGUAUGGAGCCGAGAUAUAGCUCGCUGGGUGGAGCCACGAUUCUUUUUCUGUGGUCAGUGAAAGCAUAAAUUAUCAAAGCCUUAAAAGUUCAAAUUAUAUAUUAUAGCUUGAUUAGUAGUCCGAAUAAAAAAAAAAAAAAAGAAUUUACACUAUGUGAUUCACCAAACCUCUGAAGGUUAGUGAGUCAAGCUCAUGAGGGAUACAAAGCGCAAAAAAAUAAACAUAAUCAAUCUUCCUAUCUUAAACGAAUUGGAGAAAAAAAAGAAAACGUAAGCAGCUCAGGACCUUCCUCGUUUCGUUCUCGGACUUGCAAGGUCAAGAAAAAUGGAGCCGCCCUUAUUAAACCCGAAGAAAUGAAAAAAUUUUGCAAGAAGAAUAAGCUCAGGAGAGAUAUCGUCGCACCAUCUAAAUCGUCGUCCUACUUCCACGCCCCAACCCACCACCAUCCCAGCUGCUGCCACGGCCUCCACGGUCAUGAUCAUCAUCUCCAUCACGAAAUCCAUCUUCCAUCGCAGCGGAGCCCAGUGCUUCAACAGAAGCAAGAACUAGCUGCUGAUUAUUGGCCAUUUGACAGAUGAGGGAGGAGAGCAAUAUGUGGUGUGGUGUGUACUGCUUAUAAUGGUGGAGAGAAAGGUUCUGACCUCUAGGGUUUUUCUUUCUUUAGCUGAACAGUUCCG